AUGCCAGGAAACGUGGAAUUGCUUCCAUCUUCAACGUCCUAUAGCAGCAAAAAUGUGUCAUUGUCGUCAUCGGUCGUGGAAGGGUUUAAUCAGCGGCUGGUGGCGUUAUUGGGAGAACUAAAAGUGGAAGCGGCAGCCGGUGGUGACGUUCUUAAGUUUGCAGUGGGAAAUGCAAGUGUUUCUAUAUAUUCUAAUAACGUAAGUACAAUAUAUGGACUUGCGCAGUGCAAUCCAGAUUUGUCUGAGAUGGGAUGUAAUAAUUGCUUAGGUGAAGCUCUUGGAAGCCUCCAGAAAUAUUGUUAUGGGAAUGGUUUUGGGAAAUAUGCUAAUCCCAGCUGUGACUUAAGGUAUGAGCUUAAUUACCACUUCUUUGCCCCUGAAAAUCAGACAGUACCAGCGGCAUUGUCACCAUGA